AAGCCUGUUUACUGGAGCUUUGUGUGGAAGCAGGUGAAAUUUGGAACCUGUAACACUCCCAAGCCUAGCUUCUUUGAUUUUGAGGGAAAGCAGAAAUGGGAGGCUUGGAAAGCCCUGGGAGACACAAGCCCUCAUCAAGCUAUGCAGGAGUAUGUUGCUACAGUGAAAAAACUGGACCCCAGUUGGAAUCCGCAGAUGACAGAGAAGAGGGGGAAAGAAAGCAAAACUGCAUUUGGAGGCCCAGUUGUCAGCUCGUUAUAUCAAGAAGAAACAAUCAGGGAAGAGGACAAGAACAUUUUUGAUUACUGCAGAGAAAACAACAUUGACUAUGUAACCAAAGCCAUUCGAUCAAAAAAAGUGGAUGUGAAUGUCACAGAUGAGGAGGGCCGGGCUCUGCUCCACUGGGCUUGUGACAGAGGACACAAGGAGCUGGUUUCAGUACUGCUACAGCACGCUGCCGAUGUUAACAGCCAGGACGGGGAAGGCCAGACUGCACUCCAUUACGCCGCCGCCUGUGAGUUUUUGGACAUCGUGGAGCUGCUGCUGAAGUCGGGCGCUGACCCCACGCUCCGGGACCAGGAGGGCUGCCUGCCGGAGGAGGUGACAGACUGUAAAGCCAUCACUUCGGCUCUGCAGCAGCCCACCGCUGGCAAGACCGGUGACGGCUUCUGCUCUCCCUCACGCUGCCAAGGGGACCCACAGGCUGAUGGUGCCCGGGCUCACCGGAGCCACAGCACGUGCGGCCCAAAGGUGCUGACGCCUCCGCCAGUCGCUUUUGCAUCCAGAAGCAGAUGA